AUGGACUCAGCUGGCCAUAUUAUCUUCACGGCCAACAACUUGUAUGCUCGUGCUAACACCACCAAUGGAACAAGCACCGAGAGCAAUCAAAACCACGCCUCUAGACCUCCGGUGUACAAGGCAAUCGGUAUUAUCCUGGCCGUGUGCUCAGGGGUCUUCAUUGGAAUUUCAUUCGUUUUAAAAAAGCAUGGACUGCUCAAAGCGAACGAGAAGUAUAAUGAGGCGGCUGGUGAAGGCUAUGGGUACUUGAAAAAUGGAUGGUGGUGGACCGGAAUGAUCUUGAUGAUUCUUGGGGAACUAUGCAAUUUCUGCGCCUAUGCGUUUGUUGAUGCUAUCCUGGUCACUCCUUUUGGAGCUCUCAGCGUCGUGAUCACCACAAUACUAUCCGCAAUCUUCCUCAAAGAGCGCCUCAGCUUUGUUGGGAAAGUGGGUUGCUUUCAGUGUGUAAUAGGUGCUGUCAUAAUCGCCUUAAAUGCUCCCGAACAAUCUUCUGCUGCCAACAUUCAACAAAUGCAACAUUUCGUCAUCGCUCCUGGCUUCUUAACAUAUGCCGGAGUUAUCAUCCUUGGCUGCGUCUUCACUGCCUUAUGGGCCGGACCCCGGUAUGGUAACAAGAGUAUGUUCGUCUAUCUCACCAUUUGCAGUCUCACAGGUGGGUUGAGUGUUGUUGCGACUCAAGGUCUUGGUGCUGCAAUUGUUGCCGCUAUUGGCAAGACUACCCCCGUUAAUCAGUUCAAGCAAUGGUUUCUUUGGGUUCUACUCGUCUUUGUCGUUUGUACGUUGUUGACCGAGAUCAUAUAUCUGAACAAAGCACUCAACAUUUACAACGCAGCUCUCGUCACACCAACAUACUACGUUUACUUUACAUCCGCAACCAUCGUCACAUCUGCAAUCUUGUUUAGGGGCUUUGGUGGUAGCACAGUUGGUAUUGUGAGUGUGAUUAUGGGCUUUCUUGUAAUCUGCUCUGGUGUUGUAUUACUUCAGCUCGCCAAGUCUUCAAAGGAUGUACCUGACACAGCCUUGUUCAAGGGCGAUCUCGACCAAGUCCGUACCAUCGCCGAACAAGAGGAGCCAGAGAGCGAGCCACGCGCCGACACUAUUCGUGGCGGUGCCGCCAUCGUUCGUGCGCUCAGCAGGAAGCGUACCAUGAAGCAGCUCAAUGAAGCUCGCAAUAUUGCUAGCGAACAUAUGGAUCCAAUCGGAGAGGACGACACAGUAUACUUCGAUGGCUUGCGUCGCCGCAAGACUGUAUCUGCACCUGGCGAGGGUCGACCCAUCCAGCAAACCAAGACAUCACAUCCGCCUCUCGGAUUAACACACUUCCCAGGUGACCAUCACACUGAUAGCGACAGUGACGAUGAUGUGCAUCCUGGAUUCCUGCCACGCUUCCGCCGAAGCAAGAAGAAGACGCGCCACCCGUCUGGAGAACACUCUCUAAUGGACAUGAAACCGCCACUCACCCUCAAAUCACAAUCGACCUUCUCGACAAUGCCUGAUGAUGAACCUGAACGUGAGCAUGUCUAUGGGCUACCAGCAGGUCUCAGAUCACCCAAUCUCGACACCGACACUUCCUACAAAGGCGGCGGCGCAAUCCACUGGACGACUAGUAUCGACGAGCGAGAACGAGAACGCGCCAUGAGCCAAGGAAGCUCUCUCAUGCCACCGAAACCACCACCACACGCACGACCAGACUCGAGCGGAAAACGCACCUUCAGUUUCCAAAACGUCUUUCACCGCAACAAACACGGCGACGAAGAUGCUGAUGACGGAAGCAUCCGACCUCUCUCCCGUGGCGCCCUGAGUUUCGCAAGUCGUAAGAGCAGCACUUCUCACCACCGUCCCGCUAGCCGUAACAAUGCCAGCGAGGAAGAAAGACUAGGUCUGGUUGCCGGCGACGCAGCAUCACCCUCUGCCAGCAAGAGCAAGCAACCGAAAUACGAAGGUCUCCCCAUCUACGAAGCUGAAGAUGACGACUGGCUCGUCACUGGCGGUAGAAGCGAGAGUCCUGAGGAUGUCAUGGGCGAUCUCGGUCGAGUGCGUAUGGACAGAAGCCGCAGUCGCAGUGACGAGAGCAACUACGAACGUUAUGAUGAUGACGAUUUGGGUUACCUGAAGCCCAAGAGACCUAGUGGGCUCUAG